UCAUUCCUCGCCUUUUUACAGAUCUGCGUGAUAGUGUUCUCUUUUACAUCGGACGCAUUAUUUGUCGUUUGAAAUGAAACCGUAUGAUGACACCGACUGAUGCUAAGGUAAUGAUAAACAAUUUCCGGGUGUCGGAAUUGCAAAUGUUCUUGGCAUUCGUUGGAUUGAAUAAGAUUGGCCGCAAAGAAGACUUACUCACUCGUGCAUUUCAAGUUGUCGACGGAAGAAAUUUCAACGAUCGCAUCAAGUCCAAAAUCAGGGAAUUACACGACAGUGUUUGUGCGAAUAAUAUAGCAAACAUGAACAUAUCGAACGGCAUUCCCUUGAGGGGAAUUGCACCAAAUCUUGGUGGACCGAGAGCCCAAACGUUCUACUCCGCUGCUUUGCAGACCAGACAACAAGAGAUGGGCAUUGCUGCCCAGCAUCAGAUGGCCGUUCAAGACAAGCCACAAAAAAUGAUCGGGCUACCGUUUUUUGAAGUUCUUGAGAGUGUUCAUCCUCCAACAUUUCUGCAGGCAAACAAUCCCGCCGUCAAGAUUCAAGAGUCGAAGUAUCAAGUUACUCUGAAAGCUGAAACAAUAAAUCGGAUCACCGAAGUGCGUGAUAUUCGUCCCGGUGUGUUAGUGGAUUACCCUGUUCAGUUGUUGCUUCGGUUCAGUCAGAAAACUCAAGUUGAUCCUGCCCCAGAUGCGUUUCCGACGCAUUUCAAUGUGAAAUUCAAUGGGAAAGCUGUUCAACUACCACAACCAGUUCCUGCUCACAGACAAGGGAUGGAACCCAAGCGUCCGCCGAAGCCUGUGAACAUCACUUCGAAUGCGAGACUGGCCCCUUUAGUUCCAAAUUUGUUGGAAAUAUCUUGGGGCCUUGAAUUGGGAAAGAAGUAUGCCUUCCAGAUUGAGUUAGUGAGGAAGAUUAUGCCGGACGAGUUGCUGAAUGUGGUGAAAAAACGAUCAGUGAUUUCGAAGGACUUGACGAAGCAGAGAAUCCGAGAGAUCCUGGUCGCCGACAAUGAUAUUGCACCCGAAUCGCUGAGGCUGAGUCUCAAGUGCCCCCUGGGUCAGAGUCGAGUUUCGUUGCCGUGUCGCGCAUUCCCCUCGUGUCGCUCCCACGUGCAGUGUUUCGACGCUCAAUUAUUUUUGAGCAUGAAUGAGAGGAAGUCAUCUUGGGUUUGUCCGGUCUGCAACAAGCCGAUUCAGUUCUCAGAACUAGCCCUGGACGAGUACUUCUCCGAGAUGCUCGCGUCGAACCUAACUGCCGACUGUGAUGAGGUAAUCUUGAAUUCCGACGGAACUUUCGUUCCUGUGCCGCGUGAAGAGAAGGAGAAGAAAGGUCCCAGUACAAGUAAACAGGAAGCGAAUGGCGACGCGGAUUUGGUUUUAUUAUCUGACGAGGAAAAUGAAGACCAAAAUACGAAGCAAAUUUUGGCUCCUCGUCCCGCGGCAGUGCAGCUUCCGCCAGCAUCUCCUCCACCUCAUCCUGCGGAGCCCGAAAUCGUUACUAUUGACAUUGAUGACUGAGCGCUUAUAAGACCAAUGAUUUCUCUUUUUUCUUUUAUCAAGAAUUCUCCGCGAAGAAUUUUCGUUUUCAUCACCAUUUUUCUGAUGCCUUGUGGUGUCAUGAGGAGUGAAUUCAUUUCCUGUGCUGUUCUAUUGCGUGGCCAAACAUAAAAUGCGUAACUGACUUGACUGGACUAUCCGGUAUGUGAUCGAUCAUAAUGAUUUUCAAUGUCAACUGAACGUAGAAAACUCAUGAUACAUUUUUUGUGCUUAAAAUAUGAGUACGUAUUGUUUUGUGUGUAAAACAUUUUCCCUGCAUAUGGUUCCUCAUGAUGGUUUCGAAGAUGAACUCGGUAUGCUAAAAUUUUCUCGUAGCUGUCUCUUGUAUUUCCAAGGAUUUUGCUGAGGUUCACGAUCAAUAAUCGUGUGUUUUACCGUGACUAAGAACAGUAUGCAAUAGUCUGUCAUGCAUUUAUGAAGUUGGUCAUGUAUUCAAAAAUUCUGCGACGUACAUUCAGUCACUCUUCGAUUCAUCAAUAGAAGGGCACCGUGAUUACGUUUUAAAACAAAAGGAAACACUUUCUCAGGGAUGUAAACGACCUCAAAAUAUGUUUCAAGUAUGGCGAAGUUUUUCUGUCCUUCUGGCUGACCAUGAUGGCAUCAAACGUGAACACUUUUAAUAAUUUACCUAUGAGGAACUACUAAUCGCUAUGUGGAUUUUGUUGCAGCUCAUUAUCAAUGAAUUUGUUUUGUGUCCAACUCUGAGUGUUUGGUGACACCCAACUCUGUUGGAUCAUGUAACAAAAGAUUGUAAAAUUCGUGCCCGUCACACGUCGGAAAAUUGUCACGCACUAGAACAGCGCCCUUUUUCUUCGCGAAGAUUUGAAUUUGUAGCUGGAUGUUUACUUCUGGCUACGAAUGUUUAUUUAUUUUAUACAUUGCUGGAAUGAAAGUUGAACAACCUCGUCUUUGGAAAAGUUUAUUUCUUGUGGGGAAAGUCAUACUGUACAGUACUUCCGAAAUUUCUUUCAUUUUUUGAUUGACGAAAAGAGUAUUCAUACAAUGACUCAACCUUUUUCGAAGUUGUGCUUCGCUACGAGGAAAACGUGUUGAAAACUGUCAGUCGCUCUGCGGGGUCUGAAAAGAAUAAUGGCUCCGUGGUCUAAGUGCCCGUGAAAUACUUGGAA